AUGCAUUUCUUGCGCCACGUUAAAGCCCGGGCGGGCGCAAGAGCUCGGGGAUGUCCUGUAACAAACGGUGGUGAUGUCAUCCGUGUCGACUUCUGCUUGCACUGUCGCCUGAACGAGAUGUCACCUGAUUCCUGUUGGCUAAAGGGGACUUGGCCUUUGACCUUUGCCGAGAUGAUAUUUGAAUACAGAGCAAAAUACAUUGGGAAGGAGUUUAGUUACAGGAAAUGUGGAUACUAUUACGGCGCUUACAAGUACGAUCAAAUGCGAUUGCAGCGACUACAAGAACGGUGGAAUUACAGGCGGCGAUCGUUCUCUUUAGUCUUGCAAUUCAGCAUGGGUGAUAGGAGCAGAUACCUUGCUCUUCGCGGGGAGCAGACGCAGUGGGAGGCGCCCUUGAACAGCAUCCCUGAAAACAACCUGAAGUCAGUCGAGAUAUAUCCUGAAGUGGACGCGCCUCCCCCCUCUCACGGCGACGCCCAAGACACACUACACCUGAAGCGAGUCUUGAGCUGCCGUGGCACGACGCCGGCGGUGGGCGCGGGAAAUGAAGACUGCGAGAUUCCAGAGAGUCGUGAUUGGUGGUCUGUCGUGCUGGUAGCGAUGGCGGCCUUGUGGAAAGUCGUCAGUGUGGUCGUACUGGGGACUUUAGUAACCAUAGGAAUCCUGGUACCUGUUCAAGGGUCAACCUGCAUGACCCCCGAUUCCGCCAGAGGAACCUGCAGGAAGGUCCACGACUGCGACGCCCUAAGAGGCCUGGUGGACUCCGCCUUCAGGACCAAGAGGCCCCAAGUCGUCUCCCUCCUUCGCCAGUACGUCAGCAGCUGUGGCUUCGACCGCCAGAACCUGACGGUGUGCUGUCCGGAGCGGCGCAAAGCCCUGUCCCGAGGUGCCCCGGGAGGCCCUGGCGAAGCUGAAGGAUUUGGGGCCCCUUGA